AUGGUGCACUCCCGACAAGGGACGUCACCGUCUAGGUUUAUAUGUAUAAAAACAUCCUUGGACGACGCCGGAUGGCAACAAGAAUAUCGCGCGGUUCUGGAGGAGCUUGUUAUCAAUGUACAUACGAUAACUAAGCAUGCUUUCAGUUUUACAAAAUUCAUUUUUCUACGUGAAUUCCAAGCUAACAUGAACUUCGAAAUUUACAACUAUGUAAACGACAAAAAAUUUUUU